AGGCUCGUGUGGGGAAACCGAGGGAAAGGAAAGAAAAAGAUGGAAGCAGUAACAUUAUCCCCUUCCCUUACCACAUCAGCGGCGGCGAAGCAAAGCAGCGCCACCUGCUUAUCCUACGCCUCUCGCAACAACCUUAGGGCGAGCCACUUAGCAGCAUUCCACAACCAAAUCAAUAUUUUCACAAAAUCCCCUUUCGCUUACACCAAAUUCCGUGCUAGUAAAUCCACUCAUAGAAUCUUCCUUCCUCACUUGGUCGCUUCAUUGGAACAAGUUGAACAAAGUUACAUCAUGGUUAAACCUGAUGGCGUGCAACGUGGCCUUGUUGGAGAAGUUAUUUCGAGGUUUGAAAGGAAAGGGUUUAAAUUGACCGGCUUGAAGCUCUUUCAAUGCCCCAAAGAAUUGGCUGAGGAACAUUACAAGGAUCUCAAGGCCAAGUCAUUCUACCCUACACUGAUUGACUACAUUACUUCAGGACCAGUUGUGUGUAUGGUAUGGGAGGGUGUCGGUGUUGUCGCUUCCGCACGCAAGUUGAUUGGAUCUACCAAUCCUCUCCAGGCUGAGCCUGGCACCAUAAGAGGAGAUCUUGCAGUUCAAACAGGAAGGAAUGUCAUCCAUGGUAGUGACAGCCCUGAGAAUGGCAAGCGUGAAACCGCUCUUUGGUUCAAAGAAGGCGAGUUAUGUGAGUGGACACCUGCUCAAGCACCAUGGUUAAUGGAGUGAUCUUUAAGCAUACUGUUGACGGAGGCAAAGCACUCAGUAAGUUACCGUCUGAUAUCAUAUUUUCAAUGCCAAAGUAUCCAUUUAAGAUGUAAUUGCAAUACUAGAGCUGCAAUUUGUGUACGAAUAACAAAACAAUUUCAUGUCGGACUCAAAAGAUGUGAAUUUCGUUGUUAAAAGAUUGAA